UCUAGGAGGCAGGACGGCAGGCCCAGCAAGCCCCGCGGACGCUGUCCACAGUGUAAAUGAGGGUACCGCUGGCCUAUGUCUCGCAGGUGUGUGCAGGGUGGCCUCAGGGGCACCGGGAGCUCCUGGCACCAUGGAUGACGCUGCCGUCCUCAAGCGGCGAGGCUACAUCAUGGGGAUAAACCUGGGAGAGGGCUCCUAUGCCAAAGUGAAAUCCGCCUACUCCGAGCGCCUGAAGUUCAACGUGGCGGUCAAGAUCAUCGACCGCAAGAAAGCCCCCCCCGACUUCCUGGAAAAAUUCCUUCCCCGGGAAAUUGAGAUCUUGAUCAUGUUAAACCACCACUCCAUCGUCAAGACCUACGAGAUCUUUGAGACCUCAGAGGGCAAGGUCUACAUUGUCAUGGAGCUUGGGGUCCAGGGCGACCUCCUUGAGUUCAUCAAAACCCGGGGGGCCCUGCACGAAGACGAGGCUCGCAAGAAGUUCCACCAGCUCUCCUCGGCCAUCAAGUACUGCCACGACAUGGACAUCGUCCACCGAGACCUCAAGUGCGAGAACCUUCUCCUCGACAAGGACUUCAACAUCAAGCUGUCUGACUUCGGCUUCUCCAAGCGCUGCCCGCGGGACGACAGCGGCCGACUGAUCCUGAGCAAGACCUUCUGCGGGUCGGCGGCGUACGCGGCCCCCGAGGUGCUGCAGGGCAUCCCCUACCAGCCCAAGGUCUACGACAUCUGGAGCCUGGGCGUGAUCCUCUACAUCAUGGUCUGCGGCUCCAUGCCCUACGACGACUCCAACAUCAAGAAGAUGCUGCGCAUCCAGAAGGAGCACCGCGUCAACUUCCCGCGCUCGAAGCACCUGACAGACGAGUGCAAGGACCUCAUCUACCGCAUGCUGCAGCCGGAUGUCACCCGGCGGCUGCACAUCGAUGAGAUCCUCAGCCACUGCUGGGUGCAGCCCCGCGCCCGGGGCCUGUCCUCUGCAACCGCCACCAAGGAGGAGGGGAGCUCCCGGAGCGCCGAGCCCGUGCGGCCCCCCGAGCCUGGCUCCGACAAGAGGCUAGCCCCCAAGGGGGAGCCCCAAGACGGGGCACAGCCUGAGGUGCGGCCGGAGCCAAAAUCCAAGGAGGAGACGCUCCAAGUGCAGGUGUCGAGGCAGCUGGAGCCCCCAGGCCUCACCCUUGCAGGCGAGCAGCCGAGCAAGGAGACAGCGGAAGGGGCCUCUCUGGGGCCCCCAGACGUUCACACCCAGUGA